GCAAAUCGGAUCAGCGAAAUUGGAAUGUCAUUGAAGAAAGAAACCCUUUCGGACGUACAGCUACACCUGGCUGCCCUGCGUGGUGACGAAAUGUUGCUGAGACGAGUGCUGGACAGCGGCAAGGUGCACGUAGACUGCCGUGAUGAGGACUAUACCACACCGCUCAUACUGGCUGCUGCCGGCGGACAUACAGCUUGCGUCAUCGAGCUGCUGGAGCAGGGUGCUGAUCCGAAUGCUCGCCGAGUGACCGGUACGACGGCACUAUUCUUCGCUGCACAGGGUGGCUUCGUGGACGUUGCCAGGAUACUGCUCAAGGCGGGAGCACCGGUCGACUGUUCGUCCGUGGACGGCGGUACGCCACUGUUCGUUGCCUGCCAGGGUGGCCACGAAGCCAUGGUGAGCGAGCUGCUAAGCCACGGUGCCAACGUGCACGCCUGCAUGAAGGAUCGUGCUACACCGUUAUUCAUAGCGGCACAGAACGGACAUAGUUUGGUGCUAAAGUUGCUGUUAGCUGCCGGUGCGAAUCCAGAUGCGCCGAGGAAUGAUGGCGCAACACCACUGUGGAUCGCGGCACAGAUGGGACAUGAUCAUGUCGUCAAGAUAUUGCUGCAUAAUGGAGCCGUUGUCGAUGCCGUGCGAUGUGAUGGAGCUACAGCACUGUUUAAGGCAGCCCACAAAGGACACAGUGCCGUUGUGCAUGAACUGCUCAAAUUCCGACCAAAUCUUGGCACACUGGCAAACGGUGAAACAGCUCUUCAUGCUGCAGUCAUGUUCGGGCAUCUACCGAUCGUUAAGCAACUGGUAGCGGCCGGUUCCGAUUAUACCAUCCCAAAUCAGGACGGCUAUACCCCGCUUCAAAUUGCAAGGCAGCAAAAGUUCGCCUCCGUUCAUCAAUAUCUGAAAGAGCGCGAGCAAGCGUCUCAUGCUGGAGGAACUCCAAAACGAACGGUUUCAUCGAACCAAGGCAAAACAUCCAAAGGUUCCUCGGCGUCAGUAGCCAUUACUGGCUAA